GGCAUAUAGUCUAAACGCCGUAUGUGUGUGUACACAUACCGUAUCAGCUAAGGGAUUUUAAAUAUAGGCUCUACCUAUAUAGCUAGAUAGACGCAUACAUAUAUAUAUAUAUAGAAAGAGAGAGAGAGCGAAAGACUGCUUUACGAAAUGUGGGGUGAAAUGUGGUAGAGAUGGGACCGUGCACGUUGGUGUUCUGUAUCACAGUAUACUAGUGUGCGACACGCAAGGUUCUCCUUGCACACGUGUUGUGAUGCCUCGUUUGGUAAACUGCUGAAUGUAAAGACUUAAAGAUUGUAAAGAAAUAAAACUGUUUAAGAGAAAAGAAAAGAAAAUACCCUCGCGUCGUCGCUGCUAACAGAGAAAAAUGAAGCCCAUUGUUCAGGCUAUUCCACGGAAGGCUCUUGUAGACGAUGUGGUCAAGAUUGUGGUCAACCACUUGAACCCCAAUCAGCAAGUCACCGUUGGAGCAUACCUGCAGGAGGGCAAAUUUAAAUUUGGUUCUUAUGCACAUUUCAACGCAGAUGGGAAUGGUGUGGUGGAUCUCAGUCUGCAUCCCUCUAUGGGUGGAUCGUACACAGAUGUGAUGCCAAUGGGUUUAUUCUGCAGCCUGAUUCCAAUCAUUGGGCAAAGAAAGGGUCUCAGGUUGAUAAAGAAAGAUGUCACAACUCCGCUGACGUUUGACCUUAAGGUUUAUGAUGGGAUCCACCAUAUAGCAGACACCCACCAUCCGGCAACUUUACUGGCGUGCACUUCUCUUCAAAGGUCGUAUCUGGCAGACGGAGUAACAGUGCAGGAGAUAGAGCAUGGAAACAUACGAGGGAGGCUGUUUCUACCCGAAGGUCCCGGGCCAUUCCUUGGUGUCAUAGACAUGUUCGGAUCUGGGGGCAACAUUGUGACAUUCAGAUCGGCUCUGCUUGCUUCAAGAGGCUUCGCAACGUUGUGCCUUCCAUACAUAUACUACAAGGAUCUGCCUAAAAGAUUGGACGACAUCCAUCUAGAGUACUUCGAGGAGGCUGUUGACUGGUUCAGUAGUCAUCCACAGGUUCUUCCUCAUGGAGUAGGUGCAAUGGGAGUUUCUCUUGGCGGGGAGAUUGUAUUGUGUAUGGCUUCCUACAUGAGAAACAAACAUAAGUUGAAAGCUGUGGUCUGCAUCAACGGAAACAGCAUUCAUAGUCAGUAUAUAAAAUAUGGAGGCGAAAGCUUCGCUAAUAGCAGAAUGCCAGAUUUGAGCCAGGACGUACACAUUCAUCACCCAGAGGGUGUAACAUAUGCAGAAUACGCUCAGGAUUUCCAUGCUGACCAAUUGAUAGCUUUGGAGCACGCACCGGCACAGAUCCUGUUCGUUAUUUCCGAAGACGACAAGGCUGUCAUGGGAGUGAAGGAGAACACUGCUUCCACGGAGAGAAUGCUCCGGCACGGCAGGGAUAACCACGAGAUGUGCGUGUAUCCUGGAGCUGGACAUCUGGUCGAGCCUCCAUACUCUCCUCUGUGUAAAACUUCAUAUCAUGCCACUAUGGGCGUGCAUAUGGCAUGGGGAGGCGAAUUGAAAGCUCAUAGUUUUGCUCAGUAG